CCGACAAAGGCAAAAGAUUCUUACGAAGCUGCGGCUUGUCAAGUUGCGAUUGCGCCUCGUCUGAAGUUGAAGCUGUCAAUUCCGCUUCUCUACGUUAAUUUUGUAAAUCAGCUCCUCUUCUCGCCCAGCUAAUACAAGAAACCCCCUCCUCAGCCUCCCAAAAUGCCGGGCAGUUAUCGUGAUGAUCCCCCCAGCGAUGACGAAGAUCAACGUUGGAAUGAAAGGUUCGAGGACGGUGAGAGGCGUAUACGUCGCGUCUGGGAUGGAUUUUUGGACUUUGCGCUUCAGGGAAAUAUUCUCGAGAUUGCGUUUGGUUUGAUACUUGCCGCCGCAUUCACCAGUAUCAUCAACUCUCUUGUUUCGGAUAUUCUGCUUCCUCCUCUGAGUGUCCUAUUUCCUCUGAAUAAAAACCUCGAUGAAAAAUUUGCUGUGCUCAAGCCAGGCCCCAACUUCGAUCCUGCAAAUGGCGGUUACCCGACUAUCCAGUUGGCGCAGGAAGACAGUGCCGUGGUCAUGGCAUGGGGAUCGUUUGUCAACAAGGUCCUGAAUUUCCUUGGUCUUGGCGUCAGUCUCUAUGCACUUGCGGGCCUUUACCAGUACUUCUCCAACGACCCCAUUAUCAAGCAUCUGAAAAAGUGUCCAUACUGCAAGAAGAGUAUUAAUGAAAAGUGA